AUGGAGGAUUUCCUGACAAAAGCAGGAGCUUACCUUGAACAAGUUGAAGUUACACAGAUCACAGAUGAACAAGCUGCAGCUAUAUUGUGGCCUCAGACGGACGCUGACUUACCAGCAUCAUCGGAUGCAAAAGAUAUUAUCCGUGAGUUACAAAAACUUAAACAGAAAGAAAUAGAUCUUGAAUUGCAUGCCAUCUAUUUAUCAGACUACUACCGGAUAAAGAAAAUCCCUAGAGCCUUUAGAAUUAAGAAUGUUCCCACUAUUGGUAGAAAUAAUCCAGAAGUCUGUCGCAAGUGGAUUGGUGUAUUAAACAAAUGUUCCUUUGAUCUCAUGAUGGUAGUCAUUGAGGAAAUGGGCAGAGAACUGAAAAUCACUAAAUAUAAGAUAUCUGACUAUGAACUUAAAAACACAGCGCUGAUUACUACACCUAAUUGUGAUGCACUUAUUAACAAACUGUCAGAGGAUUUGAAACAAUAUAAGAAAGGUUUAAUAUGUUUCAAACAUCAAAAAUUGGACAAAGGGAAUGCAGAUUAUACUGAUCACAGGGUAUACAAAUGUCUUGUGGGAGAAAGUACAUAA